AUGGUCCUCAUAGCGGAGAUCAAACACCGUCAGUAUGGAAGUGCACUGUUCGUUAGACCAGGAUUAAACAUUAGAUCUGUAUAUAAAACUAGUACGAACAACAUCGAGAUCAUCACUGCAGAGCUUAACAAUUGCACUAUCACAUCAGUGUACAAACCACCCAACGAAAAAUUUCAGUUCGACAAAACCCUGAACUUUGACUCUCAGCCUACAAGGUUUGUGGUGGGAGAUUUCAAUAGCCAUAGUGAGAGCUGGGAUUAUAGGGCUGCAGAUGAAAAUGGAGACCUAGUGGAGGAAUGGGCCGACUCGUAUGGAAUUUCACUGAUCCAUGACCCUAAGUUGCCAUCAUCUUUCAACAGCGGCAGAUGGAAGAGAGGCUAUAACCCCGACCUCAUAUUCACCAGCGAAAGCGUCUCGAAACAAUGUAGAAAGUCAGUAUGUGAAGUCAUCCCUAAAACUCAACACCGCCCUAUAGUAUGCAGGACGUACGAAGCAGUUCGACCACGCAUAGUUCCAUUCAGGAGAAGAUACAACUUUGCAAAAGCUAAUUGGGAAUGCUACUCGAAAGAGCUAGAUAACCUUGUGUCACACCUUCCGCCUACUGCCGAUAGUUACGAGGAGUUCAUUGGAUUGGUGAAGUUGGCGUCAAGACGACAUAUACCACGCGGCUGUAAAACCCAGUAUAUCCCGGGAAUGUCUGACAGCCUCAAAGAACAUGCCAAUGCGUACUAUAACGCAUAUGCGGUCGAUCCGUUUUCCCAGGAAACUAUCCUCCAAGGUAAUAAAUUCAUGGAUGAGAUAUCGGAAACCCAAAGGCAAAAAUGGAACGAACUAGUGGAAAGUGUCGACAUGACCCACAAUAGCAAGAAAGCGUGGAACUUUAUAAACAAGCUUAGCAGUGACAAUAAAAAUCACACUUACUUAGCUAACAUAACAGCCUACCAGAUAGCCCACCAACUUCUACUUAACGGAAAAACGACAGAUAAGUGCAAACCACUAAAACUCGCCCGAUACUCGCCUGGAAAAGAAAGAAACCAUCUAAGAGAUCUCUUCUCGAUCUCGGAAUUAGAUGCAAGUAUCCAAAAGCUUAAAGCAGGGAAAGCCGCCGGGAUUGAUGAUAUAAGAGUGGAACAAAUAAAACACUUCGGGCGUGCAACUAAAAUGUGGCUACUGAAACUGUUCAAUGCUUGUGUGGAGACUACAUCUUUCCCGAAGAUAUGGAGGAAAUCCCAUGUGAGUGCAAUUCUUAAACCUGGUAAAGACCCCGCCGACGUGAAAAGUUACAGACCGAUCUCACUUCUUUGCCAUACUUUCAAACUCUUUGAACGCCUCAUACUUGAACGCAUGACAAGAACCCUGGAGGAUGCGUUCAUAGACCAGCAGGCAGGUUUCAGGGCAGGUAAAUCCUGUACUUCGCAAGUCCUCAACCUGACACAGUAUAUUGAGGACGGGUUCGAGGGGGGAAUGGUGACAGGUGCAGUCUUCGUCGACCUCACGGCUGCAUAUGAUACAAUAAACCACAGGAGACUAGUAUCUAAACUAUAUCAAAUUACAAAAGAUUAUAAACUCACGCAGGUUAUAUCUGAACUACUCUCCAACAGGAGGUUCUAUGUAUCGUUCCAAGGGAAAAAAAGUAGGUGGAGGUCCCUUAAAAAUGGUCUUCCCCAGGGUAGCGUGCUGGCACCAGCACUUUUCAAUAUCUAUACGAACGACCAACCGAUCUUAGAUAACCUACAACAUUUCCUCUUUGCCGAUGACCUUGCACUCACAUCGCAAGAAAAAUCCUUCGAGGCAGUGGAGAAUCGUCUUGUGGAAGGUUUGGCGAGCUUGUCACUGUAUUAUAAAGAAAAUCAGCUUAAACCGAACCCAUCUAAAACACAGGUUUGUGCCUUCCACCUAAGAAACAGCCAGGCCACCAGACAGCUGAAUAUCGUUUGGGAAGACAGACGGCUAGAACACACUGCCGCCCUUAAAUACCUAGGGGUGACGCUGGACCGGUCACUGACCUACAAAGCUCACUGCCUCAACACCAAACAGAAAGUGGCGGCGAGGAACAACAUCUUGCGUCGUAUCACCGGUACCACAUGGGGGGCAACCCCACAUACCCUACGCACAACGGCUCUCGCUCUCAGCUUCUCCGCUGCAGAAUAUGCAUGCCCAGUCUGGAAAAAUUCUUCACACGCUGCCCAGGUUGACAUAGCCCUCAACGAGUCCUGCCGCCUAGUAACCGGUUGUCUAAAACCUACUAAACGUGACCAUCUAUACCAACUGAGUGGAAUUGCACCGCCGGACAUACGCAGAGACGUAGCCGGGGCUGUUGAGCGCGGAAAACAACUGCGCGACCUGCGUCACCCCCUGCACAACCACAAACCAGUUACUGCAAGGCUUAAGUCCCGGAAGAGCUUCGUUACAAAUUCAGCUCUUCAGCACCAAACUCCCCAGGAGGCUCGCCUAAAAUCAUGGAACUCACAACUCAACGACACGUCGUUACGCAUACCAGCUGCGGAACUCCUGCCUCCAGGGGGAAAGGAAAACUGGGCAGUAUGGAAAGCCCUUAACCGACUUCGAACGGGUGUUGGUCGGUCAAAAGAUAAUCUUCUGAGAUGGGGUAUUGGCCGACAAGGUGAUAUUUUCUGCGAGUGUGGAGUCCUCCAAACAACAAAGCACAUGAUCGAAUGUUCCCUGUGCUCAACGAUGUGCACUGAGGAAGAUCUCCUGAGGGCUACACCCAGAGGGCUAGAAGUGGCAAAGCAUUGGAAGACAAGAAUUUAA